AUGGCUCGCCGGCUAGUCCGAGCGGGCGUACAACUCGGUUUAAUUGCAACUUUUAUACUCCUUGUCGUGGUAGUUCUCGACAAUCGAUUUCGCGUUCUUCCCUCGUCCAUUCAUGGCCACCUUCCAUCGCAUUAUUCCGGCUACGUGAUCACAGAUAUCACCGUCACCACAUGUUCCUCACUCAACCCAUUCUCGAGCUGUAAGCUGGACCCGGAAACCUGGUAUCGCGUCGAAAAGGACCUCUACCUCCGCACGGCCUGGACUUCGAGUGCCUAUGUCCAGUUCCAACGUAAAAAGGAGGAGGAAUUGGGUGCCGAUGACAAGGUGGUCAUCGACUUGAAAAUCAGUCGCAUUACUCCUACCUCUGAACAUGUCGGAAAGGCCGCGAUUGAAGCGUGGGAACCCCGUCCAGGAGGUAUCUGGCUCAAGCGCUCUUCCUCUCGUCAUGCUAGUGAUUCCGAGAAUGCCGUGACAUACGUCGAUGUCCUUUUUGGAGCGGAUGCCGUCGACCCUCGUCCCAACUGGGAAGUCAAAGAUACACCCAUUCUCUUGGAUAGUACAACGGAACAGUUGGAGACCCGCCUUAGUAUCCGGAGAGGACACCCGCUGGCUAAGGCCAAGAAACCGAUUCCCCGAAUCAACGACAACCAGAAGUUCAAGGUCAUGCAGCUGGCAGAUCUUCACAUGAGCACAGGCCUCGGCGCCUGUCGUGAUCCUGUUCCUGCGGAAGCUGUGGCUGGCCAAAGGUGUGAAGCCGACCCUCGAACCCUGGAAUUUGUUGAGCGGCUUCUCGACGAAGAGAAGCCGGACAUGGUGAUCUUCUCUGGUGACCAGAUCAAUGGAGAGACAGCCCCCGAUGCUCAAAGUGCUCUUUUCAAGUCCGUCAAGCUCUUGAUUGAUCGAAAAAUUCCGUACGCAGCUAUAUUUGGAAAUCACGAUGAUGAGGGUGACCUCAACCGAGAACAACUCAUGGCCAUAUACGAAGACCUCCCUUACUCCCUCGCAGCCGCUGGCCCCGAAGACAUUGACGGGGUCGGAAAUUACAUUGUCGAAGUCCUCGACCGUGGUGGUAGCACACACUCUGCCCUGACCUUCUACCUCCUUGACACACAUUCCUACUCUCCCGACGAGCGUCAGUUCCGUGGGUACGAUUGGAUCAAACCGAGCCAAACGCGGUGGUUCAAGAAUACCGCCCAAAGUCUGCAAAGAAAGCAUCAUGAAUACUCCCACAUCCACAUGAACGUGGCAUUCAUUCACAUCCCGCUCCCUGAGUACCGCAUGCCUGGAAAGUACUUCAAGGGCGCGUGGAUGGAACCCCCUACAGCACCCGGGUUCAACUCCGGCUUUAAGAGUGCUCUCGAAGAAGAGGGUGUCUUGUUUGUCAGUUGCGGACACGACCAUGUCAACGACUAUUGCAUGCUCGAGCAUGAUGACAACGAGAAGCCUUCCCUCUGGAUGUGCUACGGCGGUGGUGUGGGAAUGGGCGGAUACGGUGGCUACGACAACUACGUCCGCCGAGUGCGUUUCUUCGACUUUGACAUGGGCUCCGGUCGCGUCAUGACAUACAAGCGUUUAGAAUGGGGCAAGACGGAAGCCAAAAUCGACGAAAUGAUGAUCGUGGAUCGCGGUACCGUCAAGGGUCCAGAAGAAGCAUCCUAA